AUGCCCUUACCCACGCUUGUUCUUAUACAAAAGGAUUUUAAUGCUUCCGUUUUAGCUAUAGAUACUUUUGUUUGGGCUGCUUGUUCCGAUGAACUCGCAACAAGAAAAAAAGUAUUUCUCGCUUCUUUUCUGGUACUUGUUUCAGCAUCCGUGGCGUGUGCAGUCGCAACAAACAUUUGGUUGUUAACAGCAAUGCGUGCCAUUCAAUCUUGUGGUAGUUUUGCUGCAUUUCCACUUGGUGCUGGAGUUAUAAGUGACAUUUACGAUCCUCUUGAACGAGGACGUGCAUUCGGAAUAUUUUACUUUGUUCAUUGGAUUGGUUAUCUAGGAACAAUUUUGGGAGGAUUCAUAGCUCAAUAUCUUGGAGGAAAAUAUUCGGAUUUUUUAUCAAAGAAAUCAAUAUCAAUUUCUGGUGGUGAUUGUCCGGAAGUAAGAAUAAAAAGUCUUGGUUCAUUUGGAAUGUUAGUCACAUUUAGCACAUUAUCUACAUACCUUGUCGAUUCAUGUCCUGGACGCGGUGCUUCAGUUAUGGCAUUAGCUAGUCUUAUUAGAUUUGGUGUACCUGGUGUUCUAACAAUUUUUGAAACUUCUAUUGAAGAAAGCUUGGGUGUUCAUUGGAUGUUAACAAGUUGGCUG